CUUGAAACGCUUGGCGUAGUAGGAGCGCUAAAACAUCAUGGAACACGCAUGAAAGAAGUUUUUGAAUAUGAAAAAAGGCUUCUGGAUUCUACAACAAUAGAACUAUUGUUCGAAGCAGAUUUAGCAAAGGCCAACUCCAACCGACACCGCCAAGAAGAGAUUGUUCUCUCAAACUGGAGAGAUUUUCUUCUUGAUUUGGAAGAAGGUACGGAAGUCCCCACACUCAAAGACCUCUUGGUGUUUGUGACCGGGGCUGACGGAAUCCCGCCUCUGGGAUUCGACCCCUCUCCACGCCUGCUGUUUCACUCGGCAGAUAUUGAAUCACCUGAAGACAAGAAGAAUUUCCUUUUUGCAAACACAUGUGCAAACAGUUUGUCGCUCCCUAUGUUAGUUGACUAUGAGCUUUUCAAGAAGAACAUGGUUGCUGCCAUACAAAUCAAACUUUUUACAACUGAGUAGAACUGUGACAUAAAUAACAAUGUACAACGAA